CCGCCCUUCUCCUCACACCCACCAUCGUCCACAAUGAGCUCUUCGUCGGUGCUCCUACUACCAUUACUAGUUUUAGCAACCUUCUCUUUCUCUCCACCUUCGCAAGCGCUCGUCUUCCACCUCCCCUCCGGCCGCGUCAAAUGCUUCUCUGAGGAUCUCCGCACCGGCGUCGUGUCCCUCGCUAGCUUCCGCGUCGCCGACGACCCUCCCUCCGCCCACAACGUCUCCGCUAGCGUGAUGGAUCCGAAUGGGGAGACCUUCCGCCGUGCUGAUGGAGUUGAAAAGGGGGAGUUCUCCUUUGUGGCGGAGGAGAUCGGGAAGUAUACGACCUGCUUCUGGUCUUCCCAUUUCCAGCUCGAGGCUGUGCUGACGGUGGACUUCGACUGGAAAUCGGGGGUUGCCGCCAAGGUUUGGAACUCCGUCGCCAAGAAAGGGAAGAUUGAUGAGAUGGAAUUGGAGUUGAAAAGAAUGGAGGAUUCAAUCAAUUCAAUACACGAGGAGAUGGUAUUCUUGAGAGAUCGGGAGGAGGAAGCAAGGAGUUUCAAUGAAACAACAACGGCAAGAAUGGGUUCUUUGAGUAUUCUUUCAUUCAUCGUAUGCAUUGGAGUAGCUGGCGUACAGCUUUGGAAUUUAAAGACAUUCUUUAAGAGACAAAAAAUUCUAUAGCAAGGUGAUGAAAUGCUAUGCGACGAUCUCGAUAUCUCAGGUAAUAUGAACUCGAGCUUUCCUUGCACCAUAUGCAUGCCCUUAUGUACUUUAAGCUUCUCAAUCACCCAAGCUUUUUUUUCUAUUUCAUUGGAUGUUGUAUCACUUCCAAAGAUGAAUGUGACUUUACUAAGUUUUAAUGUGAUAUCAGAUCCUAAAUGUCAUAAUGAUAACACGAGUACCAGGGCUCUCCUAAGGAUUUGAUUACUCUUGACAGAGGGAUUCUGUAUGCCAACUCUUUCAUCAUUAUUUAAAUGGAAAUUAGCA